AAAUUAUCCAACAACCCAUACGUCAAGAAAUAAAUAUUUUAUCCCGCCCACUCACUCCGCCAGGAACGCGUUUACUCAAGACUAGAGUGGAGAUUUGGGAAACACAUUUUCCUUGGAUAUCGACAAAGUUCGUCUCACUACCUCACAAAGAAGAUGCUUUCUUGUGUACAACUGCUUCUGUGAAAACACAUCGAUAGAAUGAGUAAAGAAAGUCCAAGAAUAGAAAUGGACCUGGCCUUUGGCUUUUCAGGCAAGGCGUAUGGCUCCUCAAGGAGUAUUGUGAGAAGAAUAGCCACCAAUCUUCCCCUUAAACCAUGCCCCAGGGUCCAUUUUCAGCUCGAUCCUUACACUGAGGACAGUAGUGUCCUGAAUAGCGCCGGGAGACGGAAUGGACUGCUGCCCUCUCUGGCUGAUGUCUGCUGGAUCGACGAGGAGGAGAAAAAUGACUGGUUUGGAUUUGGGAGACUGAGGUCAGAGGCACCGUCAGGGCUCAUGUUUCGUUCUCACCCGCCUCAGCCCAAACAACAACCGUUGCCCAGACGGAGGUCAUUACCCAGGUUGUACAAGGCCGAGCCGGAUCCCCAGGGUCAGACCUGCAGCAACGAUGAGGCCAUCCAGAAGAUCAGUGCUCUAGAGACAGAGCUGGCUAAACUCAGAGCCCAGAUCGCACAGAUAGUACUGACCCAGGAGCAGAACGCACUGACACCAGGAGGUCCUCCCGCCCCAGGUGGCCCUCCUCCACCCUGCGUCCCUCCGCCUCCCCCGCCGCCUCCUCCCCCUCCUCCCCCUCCACCCCUACUCAUGGGGCUCCAGCAGAGCUUCUCAGUCAUUGACCUCAUCCAGGAGCGCCGUGGGAAGAAGACUGAGGGCCAGACACUGCUGGACCAGGGGCCCAAGCAGGCAGAGUUUCCCAAUAUGCUGGACGUGCUCAAAGACAUUGGCAAAGUCAAGCUGCGCCCCGCCAAGAGACGGCCAGAGGAGAGCCAAGCCAAACCAAGAGAGCCCACAGACGCUGCGUCUCUUAUCGCUAAUGCCCUGAAGCGCAAGUUCGCCCAUCGCUAUCGCCACAACAGCAGUGAGGACAAGGAGUUUGACUUCCCAGCCUCUGAACUGAAACCUUUCUGUUCUGAAUUCCCCAAGACCAACAAGAAAGUAGAGAUUCCCCUGGUAAGGCAGUCCCGGUUGAAAACCCCAGCCCCUGUAGUGAAACCACGCCCAGACACCCCCCUGUUUGGGCAGCACAUGUUGAAAUCUACUGGCAAGAGAAAUCUCCUCUGAGCACGCACAGAGAUGGGAUGGAAUUCUGGACUUGUUCAGAGUUCUGGACCUUCAGACAGUCGUGGACACUUUAAGUGCCUUAUGAAGCGGUUUGUCAGCGGUCUCUGGAUGGACACAUGGUUUCUGACUAGAUAUUCAGUUCAUCUGCUCUCCAUUCCUGCUCACCAACAAUGUUGCAUUGCCUCAGUCUUCUUCAGUUCUUGCACUUUGAUAACAUACAGGAUCUGUUUUUGUGUGUACAACUUCGAUUUUAACUUGUUUUAAUCAAAUGUCUAUUUUUGUUUCGCCAGUUUCAAAGUCUUUGAUCUUAAAGGUCAAACUUUGCUGUACAGAUUUGCUGUACAUAAUUUUUUGUUAUCAUAACUAAAUUCCAAUAUGAGGCACACCAGUGUUUUAUGUUCUGCAUACACACUGACACUACAGACUCCUAACAUUCCUCUCAGCUGACAACUGUUCAUAACUACAUUUAUAUAUGGGAAUGAACCUUCUCUGAAUCACAGAUGGAAAGGUGUAUCCUUUUUGCAUGCCCUUUUCAAGGCAGUUGUAUUUCUCUUUGCCUCACUGGGUAUUUGCUGUGUACUGCUUGCUGUGGAUAGAGAGAAAUGUAAGCAGAGGAGAGGGAACACUUUGUCAUUUGGUCCCUCUUGUAGAGUAUUGAGCCAUUGACUAGAAUGCAAUUUACAAAAAGUCUGAUUUCUAGAUCUCUUAUUUAUGUUUUGUUUUGAACUGAAUUUAGUUAAUACUUGAUACAAAUAAUGAAGUUGGAGCUGUUAUCAAUGCUAUCAAAGCAUGUAUGGUUGAGAUGUAAUUGUAUUUAUGUUUCGUUUUAGACUGGCUCUCUUUUAGCUUUUUUGAGUUGAACUGGGACCAGUUCUGUUUCUGGAAACACUGUUACCAUACAGUACCUCAGUAUGAAGACUGGACCAAAUGAAUCUAUGGUGACAGUGUUGUCUUAAUGCAGUCUAGGGGGAACAAGGUUAGUGUUGAACUAAAGCUUAACACUGGGGUCUACCAGUCAUUUUAACUACAACUUACCAAUGCUGGGCAUGAUUAUUAUUUUUGUUCCAUUGUGUUCCUGAUCUGGCAUUAUCAUUCAGUUGUAUUUUGUUAUGGUUAGAAGCCAAAUGGUAUCCGGGGAGGUAGUGCUACUUGAUGACAAGCUGAGUAUCCCUCUGUUUAUAUCCAGAUGCCUUGAUGCUAAGAAUAUUUCAUACCAUAACCACUGUUCCUCUUGGAUAUAUUCUGUUGGUUGUUAAGAAUUUCAAACUUCAUAAUUUUUUUGGAAUAACAAAGGUGUUCUCUGCACACCUUGACACAGACAUGGCAUGACCAAUAUGACUAUUUAGGGGGGAAACAUUUCAGAUAAAUCUAACACUAAGACAAUCAAUGACCGGUGUGUUUAUCAUUGACAUACUGUAUGUGCUGUACCAAUAUCUAUUUCCUGCUCAGUGUGUUUAAGCUUUGAACUUGAACUGCAUGGUGGGAGAACAUGGACAACUCAACUGUCAGUGAUACUUGAUGUAAAACACCAUCUGUGUUGUGAAAUGUCUUCCAUACUUGAAAGAAAAUUCAUGAAUAAAACCAAAAUGAUA